AUGCCCCACCCCUGUUCUACCAAAAUAACCACAUUUACAAUUUCGACUGCUUUUUCUUUUACUUAUUUUUAUUCUUUUAUUUCUUUAUAUUCUUUCUCCGUCUUUUUUUUCCUUCGUCUUUUUUUUUUCAUCUUUUCCUUCGUCUUUUUUUUUCAUCUUUUCCUUCGUCUUUUUUUCAUCUUUUACUUCUUUUUCGUCUUCUUUUUCGUCUUUUUCAUUUUUUCCUUUCUUUCUAUCUUUAUUUUCCUUCUUCUUUGUCUUUUUCUUCAUCUUUUCUUUCUGUCCUUUUCUUCUUCUUCUUCUUCUUCUUCUUCUUCUUCUUCUUCAUCCUUUUCGUCAUUUUUCUUUCUUUCUGUAUUUCUUCUUCCUUUCCUUCUUCUUCUUUGUCCGUUUCUUCAUCGUUUCCUUCUUUUUCUUCAUCUUUUCUUUCAUUCUUUCUUUCUUCCUCCUUUUUUUCUACUUCUUCUUCUUCGUCAUCUUUUCUUUCUUCUCCUUUUUUUCUUUUUUUUUAGUGUUGUUUUCAGUAUAAAUAAUUUUUAUUACACUCUCUUUCUUUCUCUUUCUCUCUGCUCUUUGAUUUGUUUUCGUUUUCUUUCUUUCGUUUCCGUCUUCUUUCUUUCUUUCUCUUGUUUUCAACUUCUUUCUUUCUUUCUUUCUCUUGUUUUCAAUUUCUUUCUUUCUUUCUCUUGUUUUCAACUUCUUUCUUUCUUUCUCUUGUUUUCAAUUUCUUUCUUUCUUUCUUUCUCUUGUUUUCAACUUCUUUCUUUCUUUCUUUCUCUUGUUUUCAAUUUCUUUCUUUCUUUCUUUCUCUUGUUUUCAACUUCUUUCUUUCUUUCUUUCUCUUGUUUUCAAUUUCUUUCUUUCUUUCUCUUGUUUUCAAUUUCUUUCUUUCUUUCUUUCUCUUGUUUUCAACUUCUUUCUUUCUUUCUCUUGUUUUCAACUUCUUUCUUUCUUUCUCUUGUUUUCAAUUUCUUUCUUUCUUUCUCUUGUUUUCAAUUUCUUUCUUUCUUUCUUUCUCUUGUUUUCAAUUUCUUUCUUUCUUUCUUUCUCUUGUUUUCAACUUCUUUCUUUCUUUCUCUUGUUUUCAAUUUCUUUCUUUCUUUCUUUCUUUCUUUCUUUCUCUUGUUUUCAAUUUCUUUCUUUCUUUCUUUCUUUCUCUUGUUUUCAAUUUCUUUCUUUCUUUCUUUCUUUCUUUCUCUUGUUUUCAACUUCUUUCUUUCUUUCUCUCUUUCUUUCUUUCUUUCUCUAGUCCUCAUCUUACUUUUUUGUUUUCGUCUUUUUUCUUCGUUCUGUUCUUUCUUUAUUCUUUCUUUCUUUCUUUCUUUUCCUUAUUUCUUUUUUCUCUUACUCCACUCUUCUUUCUUUCCUUUGUUCUCGUCUUUCUUUUUUGUUUUUAUCUUCUUUCUUUCUUCUUUUGUUCUCGUCCUUAUUCUUUCUUUCUUUCUUUCUUUCUUUCUUUCUUUCUUUCUUUCUUUCUUUCUUUCUUUCUUUUGUCCUUGUCAUCUUUUUUGUUUGUCUGGCUUCUUUCUUUCUUUCUUUGUUUCAUUCUUUUCUUCUUUCUGUCCUUCUUUCCUUUACUUUCAUUUGCUUUUUUUUUCUCUUGUCCUCACCGUUUUUUCCUUCUUUCUUCCUCCGCUCUCCAUCUCCGUCUGUCUGUCCCUCCCUCCCUCCCUCCCGUUUAUGUUUCUGUUUCUGGUGUAUUUCUUUCAUUUUUCUUUCCGCCCUUCUCUCAUUUGCCCUCUGCUAUAA